GUCAGUCUUGGGUGGAUGAUUCACAUUUCUAAUUACCAAAUUAUUAUUUGUAUUUUAAUUUAGAUCACAGUUAAUUGAAUAUUGUCAUCAGUUGACAGUUGUCUUUCACAGAAUAUAUAAAAUACCUCUUUGAAAUUACAAUGGGUGUACAAAAUGUACAGAUAAUUUUUGAUGAUCCAACAGCAGUAUUUACGCCAGGCCAAACCAUUACUGGACGAGUUUUAAUUGUGAUUAGUAGUUCAGUGAAAAUCAAAAAUAUAAAAUUGAAAUUCCGAGGAGAAGCUAAAGUCAGUUGGACUGAAACCGAAUCUCGGACUGGUAGUAAUAGUGAAAGCGAAGAUCAUUCAGUUAGUUACUCUGCAAGAGAAGAAUAUUUUAAAAAUAAAUUUUUUCUGGUAGGUGCAGAAGGUGAUUCGCGAUUAGAAGUUGGUGAAUAUGUGUAUCCAUUUAAUUUUUCUUUACCACAUGAAUUACCAUCAACAUUUGAAAGUGUUCAUGGAAGUGUACAUUAUACAGCAAUAGUCAAAAUUAAUAUACCUUGGAGAACAAAUAUACAGAAAGUAAUGAUGUUCCAAAUUAUUUCUCCUAUACAUUUAAACGAUGAACCAUCAUUAGCUGAACCCAAGACAGCAUUAAAAGAAAAGUUUUACUGUUGCUGUUUGUGUAAAUCUGGCCCGAUGACAUUGAUUGCGUAUAUCCCUUAUAGUGGUUUUAUACCUGGACAAUUUAUACCCGUUACAGUUGAAUUGGAUAACAACAGCAAUGUGGAUGUGGAUACUAUUAAAAUAAAGCUGGAUAGAACUUUAGAAUUUAAAUCAGAGUUCCCUAGUAGUAAAAUUAAGUAUGAACACUCUAAGAUUGUAAACAUAUACAUAGAUGGGGUUGAAAAACACAUUUCAAAAACACGUGUGGAACAACUUCAAAUUCCAAAUGGUUUGACGAUACCCAAUUUAAAACAUUGUGAAAUUAUAACCGAUCAAUAUUUUCUAAAUGUUGAAGCUCAUGUUAAGGGUGCGCAUUUAAAUGAAGUAGCUUCUAUUAAAAUAAAAUUGGGUACUUCACCAUUGACAAUAGCUAGCAUUAGCAAUGCUCAUCAAUUUGAUUAUUCUUUUCAACCAUCGAAUCAAUGUAACUUUUCAAACGAACCAAUUCCAACAAAUCCUUUUCCAUCUGUAGGUUUUAAUGAGCCAAUUUCUAUUCCUGGAAAUGCUCAACUGGUAGUUCCAAGUAACCAACUAUAUACUGUGCCUCACAAUGCAUAUUUUCACAAUCAAGAAAAUGGGAUGAUUUUUGCACAAAACAUUCAACCAUCUGAAUUCCCAGAUCCACCACCACCAUACCAAUUUUCAGAGGAUCCAGAAAUAACGUCUGAGAUUCCUAUGGCUUCUAUUGAGAAAUUUUAGAAGGCGACCUAGAACUAACACAUUAAAAAUGGUUAUGUUCAUGUUCAAUGGCCCUACACGAUUCAUAAGCCACCAGCUCUUAAUAAACUGUCAAUUAAUUCUGGCAUUAUCUUUGAUCGAAAUCUUAUGUUCACAGCUCACAUCAUGCUAACAUUUGGAAAAGCCAUCAAAGAAUUUUAGAAUUUCAAGCGUAAAAUGCUAUACCUGUCACCAAACCAAUCCAGCCCUAUCUCAACUAAGACCAAAUUCAAUAUCCUUGGGCUAUUUUUAAAAGUCGGUCCUUGCCUAUGUUGGUUUACAAUUAGGCCUCCCUCUUAUUAACAAUUGAUUGACAGAAAUCUAAAGUGGAAUCACUGAACCAGUCUAGAUGACAGGGUGUCACACGAGGAUGCGCGUAAUUGGAGUUCUCUUGCUGGGCAUGGUAUAGUUUUGCAACAAGAGACCAUAGACUACAUCAAUAUAUAAAUCAAAAAAAUUAAAUUCAACUAAGAACAUAAAUUAAAAUAAUGGAAAUAGACACCCUCUGGCAUUUUGGAAAAAUAAAAAAUGACUGGUUUAUUUUAAUUUUAUGAAUUUGAAUAAAACUAAGUUAUUCUAACUGUGUUA